AUGAACUCACCAACAAAUUACGAGGAUCCAACCUUCUUCAAAACGUCUUCAAACGUACUCCUUGUUGUCGGGACGCCAUUUAAUAUAUUUACGCUAUGGAUUAUAAUAAAGACCCCGUCAGAGAAAGCGUCAUCAUAUCGUUGGCAUUUGGCUUGGUUUCAGUUCUGGGCGAUCCUCCAAGAGCUGAUUUUUCACGGGGUAUGUCCCGAAUUCUAUUUGCCGACCUUGGCUGGUAGUAUGUUAGGCAUCUUAAACCUUAUUCAUCCAAGAGUGCUGCUGUGUUUCGGAGCCAUGUUCGUAGUGGGGAUGCUGGCAUCUACCCUCCAAUGUUUUGCCUAUCGUCAUCAGGUCCUGCUACCUCUUGAGAGUCGUCUUCACCUUUCGAAACGCACAGUUCUCGGCAUUUCUCUGGUUCACUACUUGGUACCAACAGUCUGGUUUAUGAUUGGAGCUCUAACAGCGCCGAUUGAAAAAGGACCUAAUUCUGAUAUUCUACGCGCUACUGUCCAGGAAGAUCCUUCACUAUCCUACAUGUUUUCUUUGGAUACACUUUAUAUCAUAGACCGUAGGCCAUUGUUACCUCCAUUUAUUGAAUUUUCGAGCUUCACGAUAUUAGCAACUUCAUUAGUGGCAGUGAUUUGUUAUGGGAUACCUCUGGUUAUCUUCCUCGUUUGGCAUUCCUAUACCCUACUCAACGACCAUCAUUCUACAAUGAGCAGGAAGACCAAGCGGAUGCAUCGUAAAUUUUUCCGGGUUUUGAUUAUUGGGGUAUCGAUCCCUCUCGCAACGUUGGGAGCACCAUACGUUGCCGUUUUGCUCACCGUCUGGGCCCAGAUUUGGCUGCCACAAUGGUCGAUAAACCUAUUAGCAGGUAUCCAGUCGGCACAUACUACAAUUACAUCCGUUACCUUGCUCACGGUUACUGCUUCGUAUCGUAAAUAUAUCCUCGGAAAAGUGAUUAGGUGCCUACACAGGAAAGUCGAGCCUGAGCCUAAA